AUGGAAGAAGUGGUUGUUGUACCUGAAUGUUCCGCCGCGAUGAAGCCUGUUGUAGGUCAGAAAUUCCAAUCAUUGGAUUUUGCUUUUGCUUUCUACGACAUAUAUGCCCGUGCAGUUGGCUUCGAUACGCGCAAACAAGCUAUGAGGAAGGUUGAUGAUGUCACGACCUGGUAUCAAGUUGUAUGCAACAGGGAAGGAAGGAAAAAGGGUGGUGAGGAUGACCAGCUGAAUGCUCGUUCUGGUUUCACUAUCAAGCGUAGGAAGUUAUCUAAGCGGUGUGGUUGCACAGCUAGUAUAUCCUUCAGGUUUUUCUCGGAAGAUGGCUCGUCGGGAUACAUAAUUCACGAGUUCAAUGAGAUUCAUAACCAUCACAUGGUUGAGACGGAACAUCAGCAAUUCAUGUCUAGUAAUCGCAAGUUGGAUGAUGUUCAUCAUAAAUUUAUCCUCGACUGUUCAAGGGCGAAUAUAGGACCCACGCUUACAUUUAAGGUAUUGAAGGAGAUUCUUGGUGGGUUCGAACUGACUGGUUGCACGGUUGGGGAUAUCAGGAAUGCCUCACGGGACAUCAAAGAAUAUGCACAAGGAUAUGAUGUACAAAUGGUGUUGGAUGACAUGGCGAGGAAGAAGGAGAUUUCCGAGGCUUACACCUAUCACUACGAAGUUAACGAAUCUGACCAGUUGGUUGCUUUGUUUUGGUGCGACGGUGUAAUGAAGAGAAAUUACCACAUGUUUGGUGAUACUGUGUCCUUCGACUCCACGUACUGUAUGAUCUUCACUCCUUUCACUGGAAAGGAUAAUCAUGGUAGUCCUGUGACAUUUGCAGCAGGGGCUGGUUUGCAGCGAGAAAACAGGGGCUUUUGCUUGGCUGUUCAGACAUUUUGUAGAUUGUAUGGGUGUAGCACCCAGGAUGAUUGUGACCUAUCAAGAUUUGGGUAUGCGAUCAGCGAUUGA